AUGUUUUCGUCAAUAGACAUAGACGAUUGCGUCAACCACGAGUGUCGGAACGGCGCCACGUGUGUCGACGGUGUCGCAAACUAUACUUGCGCAUGCGCAGAUGGCUUCAUAGGCGCUCGCUGCGAGGACGGAAACGCCGUGAAUGAGUGUAUGUCCAACCCGUGCAGGAAUGGGGGCACGUGCACUGAUUUCAAGGGCUAUUACACGUGCUCGUGUUCGAUGUUGUUCACAGGCGUCACGUGUGAGCAUGCCUUGUCCAAUUCAAGCGCCUCCGGAUUGCUUCGAAAUCUGUCUCUGUCAACGAAUUCAGAUAAGAUUUCUGAAGACUCCAUUGAUGACGUCAAUUCCAACUUUGAUGAAAGCGAUGACGAUGACAUAGACGUGGUUGUGAAGUUCGAUGAGGCGUUAAUAAAAGGGAAGAAGGCAAGAACAACAUUUCACGUCUACAACACCGUGAAUCUGUUCAAAGAAAUGAACAGUACAAUGAAAAUGAACAGUAAAGUGAUUUCUGCGAAGCUCAAAGCGAAUGGCAAAGACGUUACUGAGCUUGGAGCUAACAACGUUACAAUAAUCUUCAAGACGUUCGGAAUUCGCGGUGAACAGCAGUGUGUCUAUUGGAACCUCAGCCUCAACGGUGGAUAUGGAGGGUGGCUAACGGACGGGUGUGCGUCCGUGCGUUCGGACAACGCCAAGAUCACAUGCGUCUGCAACCACCUAACAAACUUUGCCAUUAUAGUGAACCCGACAUUAGAUGACAGUGUAGCUGAAAUUCUCAGUAUCGUGAUCAAGGUGGGCCUGUCCUUGUCGAUCGUCUGUCUGGGGCUGGUCAUAGUGGCAUUCCUUGCGUUUCGGCACCUUCGCAGGGCCAUGGGCCAGAAGGUGAUUGUGAAUAUGAGUGCAGCCAUCAGCAUUUACAACCUCGUGUUCGUGGCGGGCAUGGACAAGUCGAACACGUAUACCGGAUGUAUCGUCGUGUCGGCAUUCCUGCAAUACUUCUUGUUGGCGUCGUUCAUGUGGGUGUUCAUGGAGUCGUUGCUGCAGUACAAGACGCUAUCCUACAUGCAGAAGCCGGGUCCCAGGUUCUUGUGGGUGUGUCUCAUCGCCGCCUGGGGUAUUCCUCUGAUUCCUGUGAUCUUCUUUCUCGCCCUUAACCACGAUAUGUACUACGGGGACAAAGGAUAUUGCUGGUUCGGCCCCAGGAAUGUCGGCUACGCCCUGGUGAUUCCUCUUGGCGCUAUCGUGCUGGCAAACAUUGUUAUCCUGGCCCUGCUCGCUAUGCGCCUGUGUCGUUGGCCUGCGGCCUGGAUAUUCUCUUACCUGUCCGUUGAGAACACCCAUCUCGCCUUCCAUUACCUGUUUGCCAUCCUAAGCGCUAUCAUUGGCGUCCUUAUCUUUGUCCUCUUUGUUACUCGCGACAGAGAGGUUCGGAAAUCGUGGAACAGGCAGUGCUGCAAGCAACCAAAAGUGGAGAUCAUACCACCGAGCCAAAUUGAGCUUGAGCGCAAGAUCCAAUUCGAAGAGUCACUGCAACGAAAGGUAGCGUACUCCGAACAGAUCAGGGCCGGCAACUCCCUUUACCCCAAGACCGACAACCCUUACAGGUCGAUGUUUAAUAACUCUUACGGGAGCAGGGCGGAUAACUCGAACCUGGCAAGGGUCGACGUGUCGGGUCAGCCUAUGUUUGACAUUCCCUACAAGGACAUGGUCACAGACUCCGGUCAGGUGCACGUGGUGUAUUCCAACCGAUCAAAGGGUAGUAACUCCUCGCAGUUCAAGGGCGAGAACCCUGACCUGAGCAAGGAAGAUCGGGGUUACACACCAUUCAAUGUUGUAGGGAGCGGUUAUUAG